UCUUCUCAUCAGGCAUUACCAUGAGCAAGUCCAGCAUCAGGGUCGGCAUAUYACAGAGGGCUCUCUGAGAGCAGCUGGUCUAUGGAUCAUUGGAGGAAAGCGGCUCAUCUCCAGCAUUCUCCAUCACUGUGUCACAUGUCGAAGACUACGGSGAAAAAUGGAGACUCAAAAGAUGUCUGACCUACCUGAUGAUCGCCUSAGUACAGACCCACCUUUCACCUUUGUAGGUCUGGAUGUAUUUGGUCCAUGGACUGUUGCUGCAAGGCGUACUAGGRGCGGGCUGGCAAGCAGCAAAYGAUGGGCGGUGCUUUUCACAUGUAUGAGCACUAGGGCAAUACAUAUUGAAGUUAUCGAAGCAAUGGAUUCUUCAAGUUUCAUAAAUGCCCUUCGUCGGUUCUUCUCAGUCAGAGGCCCUGCAAAACAAAUAAGGUCUGACUGUGGGACAAACUUUGUGGGGGCCUGCAGAGAACUGCAGAUGGAGUCUAUGAMCAGCAAUAAGGGGGUGCAGGAAUACCUGAGCAGCAAUGGCUGCAAGUGGAUCUUCAAUCCGCCUUUUUCAUCRCAUAUGGGAGGCAGUUGGGAGCGUCUGAUCGGUCUUACAAGGCGUAUUCUGGACUCAAUGUUGCUGAAGGUCAGUCCAGCGAAGCUCACCCACGAGGUCUUGAUCACAUUCAUGGCAGAGGCCUCAGCUAUUGUGAACGCUCRUCCACUGGUUCCCGUAUCAACAGACCCAGACUCCCCCUUCAUUUUAACACCUGCAACACUUCUCACACAGAAGAUCAGUGCACUUCCUCCUCCAAAGGGAAAUUUUGUUGACAAGGAUCUAUUCAGCAAGCAGUGGAGACAGGUGCAAUGCCUUGCCGACACCUUUUGGCAUCGUUGGAGGACAGAGUACCUUCCUACCUUACAGAAACGUAGAAAAUGGAACAAAGCUGAGCGAGAUCUUCAGGAGAGUGAUGUCGUCAUUCUGAAGGAUCAUCUAACCAAGAGAAAUGACUGGCCYAUGGGUAUCAUUGUCAAGACAUUUCCCAGCACUGAUACUAGGGUCCGGAAAGUGGAGGUCAAGACAACRAAAGAUGGUUCAUGCAAGACUUUUCUUCGGCCAGUAUCAGAGACUGUCCUACUCYUAUCCUCAAAAGCAGUCUGAGUUGUUUUGGAUUUACUGUGCAUUCUAUGGUUAUGGUGGCAUCUUUCAAAUGCCAGGCGGGGAGUGUUCUGACCUGGGAAGCCAGAGAUUGUUGGUACAUUUGUAGCCACUAGAUGGCAGUAGUUUUUUUAUGAUUCACAUGUUUACCUAAACCCUGUAGGCUGCCAUUUUGUCAUUCUAUCCAUUGUGAACACAUCUUGGAACUGAGCAGUCGUUAAUCUGCAUCCAUCUUCAUUGGGGAAUCAUUUAUUGAAGCAUUGUCUUUUUACCUAUUCUCAUGCUGUGAGUACUAAUCAGCGGUGGACAAUAAUGCCAUCUUACAUUGACUACAGUGUGUGGAAAGAGUUAUCUGUYUGCCUAGUUAAGGAAAGG